UUAAUGCUGCUUAAGAAAUCCCUUAACCAAGGCUGUGAGGUGCUCGUUCGUUAACCAGUACCAGGGAAACUGUCAAUCAAACGCGCUAUCUCGUCAGCGGAAAAUGGGACAGAAUGCCGCCGAUCUGCCCUUUGGCAGAAGUACAGCGGUCAGAAUCUUGAUGCCAGGCUGUGGGGGAAACUGGCACGCUCUCCAGCAGAAUGCCAAAUGGCAAUGACUCGUGCGUGAAGGGGCAGGAAUCGGGGAGUUACUUGUCCUGCAUGUUUCACCUCUGGGAGGAGUGGAUCGGGCUGGGAAACCUGGAAGAUUACCUCAACUACCUGGACUACCUGGUGUGGGUUUUCACCCCUCUAGCCGUCGUCUUCAUCCUGCCCCUCUUCAUCCUGCUCUUCCUCUACCUCUCCAUCCUCUUCCUCCACGUCUACAAGCGGAGGAUUGAGCUCAAGGAGGCCUAUUCCAACAACCCCUGGGAUGGUGCAAGGAAAACGCUGGCGACCCUGUGGGACGGGCAUGCAGCUAUAUGGCACGGUUAUGAAAUCAAUGGCUUGGAAAAGAUACCAGACAAAGGGCCAGCCCUCAUUGUCUAUUAUCAUGGAGCGAUCCCGAUAGACUAUUACUACUUUUUAGCUAAAGUCAUCAUUCACAAGGGCAGGACCUGCCACUCUGUUGCUGAUCACUUUCUCUUUAAGUUGCCAGGGUUCAAACUGCUCCUGGAGGUGUUCAGUGUGAUGCAUGGGCCCCAGGAGGAGUGUACAAAAGCCUUGAAGAACGGACAUCUCCUUGGUAUCUCACCCGGUGGGGUGCGUGAAGCCCUCUUCAGCGACGAAACUUAUGUUCUGUUGUGGGGGAACCGCAAAGGUUUUGCUCAAGUGGCUCUUGAUGCCAAAGUGCCCAUAAUUCCUAUGUUUACACAAAAUGUCCGAGAAGGAUUCCGAUCACUUGGAAGUAUUAGGCUGUAUCGAUGGCUGUAUGAGAAGUUUAGAUUACCAAUUGUGCCCAUCUAUGGAGGUUUUCCAGUGAAGUUCCGCACUUACUUGGGUGAUCCCAUUCCAUAUGAUCCUAACUUAACUGCAACCGAAUUAGCACACAAGGUGCAGCAAGCUGUGCAGUCUCUUAUAGACAGACACCAAAAAAUACCAGGAAACAUCCUCCGGGCUUUGUUAGAACGAUUUCAAAGACAGAAAGAAGACUAGUUUUUAAAGACUGUAAAUAAAUAUAAGAAAACUUUCCAGUGAUCAGAAUUCUUAUAAUAAGGUAUGAUCCUAUUCUUAGUGUUAGAUGAUUUUAUUUCAUUAUCCCUCUGUAGAAUAUGGUGUUGCAUAAAUUUAAGGACAGAAAUCACAGAACAAAAGCAAAACUUUGUUCUGAUUUUGUGUCUAUGUGUGUGUGUGUUUUCUUUAAUAUGAAUUUUAAAUUAUUAAGUGAAUCUAAUUAAUACUUUUACACCAAUUUCAGAAAUGGUUUUCAGAGUUGUUGUUGUUGUGUGUACAUGCAUUUCUAGAUGUAAACCCCAUUGAAAUAUUAUGACAGGACCUGAAACAAGCUAUCCAUGCAAGGCAGCCCUCGAACGUCACAGAGUAAAAGGCAUUCUAUAAGGAGGAAUGGGACAAAAUUCCUAAACACUCGUGUUAUAGGUUAAUCAACUGUUGCAGGAAACAUUUAGUUGCAAUCAUUGCUGCUCAAGGUGGAGCCACCAGUUACUGAAUCUAAAGGUUCACAUACAGUACUGUUUCACACAAGGAUAAUAAAUGUUGCAUCAUUUGGGGAUAUAUCAAUGCUGAAAGAGUAUCAUGUUUUGAGUCAUUUUUAAGUUUGUGUAUUAUUCGGUGUUAGAUCAGGAUCUAAUAAUUUGUUAGGUUCCAAAUAUGUGAAGUGCAUGAUAAUUGUUCCUAAUUGUUUAGCACUAUACUGUAGAUGCUUUUUGGGGUGAAUAAGCAGCCAAAAUGUUUCUCUAAGCAUCAGAAUUCAUUCUGCAGCUUCCAACAGGAGUUACAUCAUGUGUGAGACAGUUGCAGACAUGACUCUGCAUGCACAUAGUCUUUUAGGCCAGUGGUCCUCCAUUCUGGUCCUGCAGUACCCUUGUGUUUUCUUUUUUUAAUUCUAAUGGGCCCCUAAACACUAAUGCUAAUUGGUGUCUGUAAUGGAUGUGCUUAUUGGUUUAGACUUUCUGUACUCUAUCUAUUGAGUAGCAAAAAUACCCUUAUUAAAAUGCAUUAUUUCCAACAACUCCAGCACAAAUUAUGAAGUCUCUGAAGUCAUCUUAGGAAUUACAAAUUACUCCCUUUUUUGACCAAACUGCUCUAAAUAGGAGAUCAAUUGGUGAUAAAUAGACACAGGUGGAAAUGACACUGUUUUAGUAAUCUCUCACAGUGAGUCAGUGUUUUUCUUUCUGCUUAACUCCAAUUAGCUAUAUUUUCAGCUAGCAGGCAUGAAAGAAGGCAGUCCUGGAGCUCACUAAUUAGCUCAGGGUUCAUACCAAUUCCAAAUCACAUUCAGCUUUUUAAGAGCUAAAAGCAUUUUUUUGGAACCAAUAUCUGAAUGCGGAACAAAAGCCUAAAAAACAAACAGAUUAAUUAAUGGCGUCAUUUAAUACUGGUGUUUAAGGGCAUAGAUGUAACACGAACCAGCAGACACAGUAAUACUCUAGGAUCAGGAUUGUAAAUCACUGCCUUAGCUUACAGCAGCCUUAAGUUUAGAUGUAUAAGAAUAGUUUAAAAUUUCACAAAAUUAGUGUAACGGUCUACUGUAUGUCUACUUUAAUCAAAGUGGUUUAACUUGGCUUCAGUUUAAAUGUAUCUCUCCCUGUAAGUUACAUAAGAUGUUGAAUUUCAGGGCACAAGUCACAUAGUUGUAUGACAAACUGACCAUGAAGAUCAAGGAUUUUCUUUUAAACAAAUCGGGGGGAGAAAAUGGGAGAGAGGCACACUUUGGGAUAAAGUAACUUACCCCGGUCACUGAAUUUCAUGUUCAUCUCAUGGUUAGGGAUGCCAAUGUGAAACCAACAGAGUCUCUUAUGGAGACAGGGGUCACUGCUCAUAUACCAAUUAAUUCCAGUCCCUGCACAACGCUUGCCCUUAUGGGUGAGCGGCAAGAAAGAAGACUUUAGUGAAAACAAACUCAUCUUCAAUUUCAUAUGAGAUGUACUGAAGACAACUGGCAGAAAGUGUGCUGAUUCUAGGAGACAUAAAGUGAACCUUAUGGCCUCAAUCCAAAGCCUUAUGUCUGUCACACACUCAACACAAUACUGUACAUCACCCAGUCAGAGCCAUCCCAAUCCAAAUGUCAAGGAUGGUGGCGUCAUGUUAAUAUCCCUAACGUGUGACUAGAACAAAAAGGCAAAUAUUCCAAUGAAGCAACUUCUUAGAUGAAGUAAGACUUAUUUAAUAAUUGUGGGAUGGAAUAAAAAUCAGCAGAGUCACCUUAACCGGGAUUGGGAACCACUGUGUUAGGGGAAGACCUCUGAUCAGCAGAGAGUAGGAAGAUGUUAGAAAUGAUGGAAAAAUGGAAGGUGCAAAGGAUAGACAAAUCAAAGAGGAAAAUCUUCUUGAGGCACCCAAAAAUCUAAAACUCAGUUUUAUUUUUUACGCGCAAAGCCCAAGCUAUACUGACAUUCAAACGAGAGAUUGAAUGUCCUUAAGUGAUUCAGUCAAAGUCCUGACUUGAAUGCAAUAGAAAAUUGAUAGAGAAUUGAUUGCAAUCUAUCAACGAUUCCCAUCAAGCAUGUCUGAACUGGAGCAUUUUAACUUGGAAAAUAGGCAGAAUUGCACCAUACCAAUGUGUGCACUGUGUCCAAAAGAACGGAUAGCAGUAUUUGCUGUUGUAGGUGCUUCGACCAAAUACUGGCUUUGGGGGUACGUGUGAUCAGUUUCUGUAUUUACUUUAAAGAAAGGACUUACCUGCGUGUACAACUGGUAUACUGUACAGAUAUAACUUCUAAUGUGCCCUUUUUCAUCUGGAAACAUUACUUGUCUUCUACAAAAUACAUUGCUCAACAAUCACAGGAGUGCAAGAAUGUAACUUAACACAGGGGACCUACAGUAUAAUCAAAUAAUACAAUAUGGUAACCAUGGUCAGUUUUAUUUUGUAUUGUUAUGAAUUUGUAUAUUUGCUGACAAUCUGUAUCAUAAUAUACAAAGCCUGUGAUGAUUUCAGCAAUUUUUCUCUCCCUAAACCAUCAUUUGAUGUUUUUUAUAUGUAUGAUUCUGAAAUGUCUCAAAAGCAGGGAUAAAAAUUAAUACAUUAGUAAGCUUUCACAACCUUUUCCAUAAAUAUGACUCCAAAAUACACGUAGAUAAAAUAGCUUAUAUUUUUACAAUUACUAAUUGUCUGAGACAAUCAUUUAUAUUUUGUUGCAGUUCCCUAAAUCCUAAUACAAUUGAGCUUUUAAUAUGAUAUGCACAUUUUAUCUUCAAAUAAUGACAGUUGUUUGUUUGACAAGUCUGAUUAAUGAUGAUAAGAUCUUGUACAGUAAUCUGAUUUAUGUUUAUUUUGAAUACAAUCUGCAUGCAAAUUGGAUGCCUACAUUUUCUGUUUUUUGGCAUUCUGGAUGUAUAUAAAAGUGUAAGAGAUUUACAAGAUGAUGUUUUUUUGUGUAAUGUUUGUGGCAUAUGUCAAGUUGCAGCUUCUACGUAUUGUGCAACAGAUGUACAGAAUCUUUUCAAGACAAUGAUGUUAAUUAAAAUAAAAACAUAUUUAUGUAUUUAAUAAGUACAAAAGAGAGGACUGCAGGGAAAUGGGGCAUAGUGUACAGUAUGUACUUUAGAAAAAGCAUAAUUCUCUCCAGAACCACAGAGGUGAGAAUUAAUUUUCAGUAUGUGCAUUCACCAGAAAAAGAAAAAAGCAUGGUGCACUUUAUAAUGGACCAUUCUGAUCUUUUUCAUUGUUAUGCAUUCCAGUGUUCUUGUAUUCCUCAAUCAGCUUAUUUUUGCCUAUAUAAUCAUUUAAUAUUACACAUCUGACACUCUGUCCCCCUUCAGAAAACAAUGUAACUUCUGUUAUUGGCAUUGUUUGAGUCUUACUGAUCUGCUUACCAUUGCUGAUAUUCUGCUGAGUAUUAGAGCCAACAGACCAGAAAUGUGGCAGAUUUGCUGCCAAAUGAAAAUAAAUUUAAGUUUGCACAUUGUACGUAAACUUUACUUGGUCAAUCACUUUUUGUUCUGAUUUACGAAACGCAGUAUCCAGGGCUUGUUUCAUGUUCUUUUAACAUUUUGCUACAGUAUAUUCUGAAUUAGUAACCUCAUAUUGUUACAGAACACAGACAGAAUCGUUUGAAUUCAAACUGUUGUCACAAACAAGAUCUUAUCCCCCUUAAUUUCCUGCCAUGGAAAUUCAUGCUGUUGACUUUUAUCAGUGUGCAUUUAUACAGUAUGUGUGUCUUGAUAUAAAAUCGUGUGGAACAUUUAGCUCACCCUGCUCUUCAGUCAAAGCAGAAUGCUUUAUUACUUCACAUUAAUGAUACCACCACUUUGGAAAUGUGAACGAGUAAUUACUGUAUUUAAAAUGUUCUACUCAGUACUUUGGAAUGGUGCUAAUAACUGUUAUGUACAGUUUUUGAAUUUGAAAUUCUGAAGCGGGUCAUUUUUCUUCUGACACCAGUAAUGUGAUGAUCUGCUGUUGGCAGCACCAUCUCAUGUCCAGAAGGAGUCAAUCCAGCUGCACCGCUCUAAAGUCGUGACAUUGAAGGUGAUGGAAAGAUAGUUUCACUAACACUAUUUUUCAAGUGUACAAAUUGUAUCAAUUUCAAAUUGUAUCAAUCAUUUUGUGGCUGAUGAAUGGAAGUGUUUGGUGGUGAUGUGUUCAAUUGCAAUCUUUUAUAGAGUAUCCCCUCUGCGCACACAGACAUGCACACACAGGUGUAGACACUCAGAGAUUUGUCUUUACACACAUCUUAUACAGUAUACUGUAUAUAUAUAUUUCCUAAUCCUUUUUGUUCAGUAAAAUUGCCAGCUGUAUUUCCGCCUGCAGAAUAAAAUUCUGUCCUUUAAC